ACGAAAGUGAACAAUAGAUUUUCUGUCUUGUCAUAUGGCACAUCUAGAGAGAAGUUUGUUUGUUUUUAAUGACUAUUUCGCAUUGCUAUUGAUAGUAAUCUGAAAUUUCUUUUUAAAUCAGAAGUGGUAGUUGUGACCGGUAAGGUAAGGGGGUAUAUCUGAUAUUUUAACUUCCCAAAAAUAAACAAACAUUUCUAUUAUAAAACAACACAUGCUGAAGAGAGAGAGAAACAGGAUAUACAGUAUGUGUUAUUGUGCUUGAGAGAAAUAGAGAACAAAACAAAUAGAAAAGUAGCUUAACGAUGUGUAUAGUUAUGGUUUCAAACUUUUUUUUAAUGCAGGCAAAAUGGCAGAAGCUGGUUUUCCUAGUAAGUCAACACAUCACUUUCUCAGGAGUUAUUGGUUGCUUAUCUUGUAUUAAUGUACUAUAUACAAACCACAGUUUAGUUAGUAGAUCUAUGUCAUAGAUUAUAGAUUUGGAGCAGACAUGGGAUUGUUGUUGAGUCUCUAACUGUUAAAAAAAACAUUGUUUCCUGUAAGCAUUGUCACAAUAAUGGAGCUCAACAGGACACACCUUCACAUAAAGUCAACUCUGUCAGUGCCAAAAAGCAUGGCCAUGAAGUAAAAAAGGACUGUUUAAUCUUUAAUAAAACAGGUAUCCUCUUGCAGGUAAGCCAAGGAUGGGAAAAGUAUGCACCUGUGUCGUAGGUCAUACUUUCAAUUCUGAUAAGGACUUGGUAAGACAACUCACUGGCCGAGGAGACUACUGAAGUGUCACUAGCGGAGAGUGAUGUCAUCAUAAUGAUCUGUCCUAUGGUCAGUGACUUUGGAACUCUGGACCUUGAUAUACAACUGGAGGUGGUCUCAGACUACCUAGCUGGUAGACCUGUUGUUCUGGUGGUGCUGCACCAUGACACUUUCGACCCAGACUCCACUAUACCUGCCAGCAGCAGACUAGUGACCAGGGGUGAGGUAAUACUCACAGUCGAUAUGAUUCUGAAGAGGCUAAACGUACAACCAAAGCAGGAACUCACAGAAGGUAAGCCAAGGAUGGGAAAAGUAUGCACCUGUGUUGUAGGUCAUACUUUCAAUUCUGAUAAGGACUUGGUAAGACAACUCACUGGCCGAGGAGACUGUACUGAAGUGUCACUAGCGGAGAGUGAUGUCAUCAUAAUGAUCUGUCCUAUGGUCAGUGACUUUGGAACUCUGGACCUUGAUAUACAACUGGAGGUGGUCUCAGACUACCUAGCUGGUAGACCUGUUGUUCUGGUGGUGCUGCACCAUGACACUUUCGACCCAGACUCCACUAUACCUGCCAGCAGCAGACUAGUGACCAGGGGUGAGGUAAUACUCACAGUGGACUGUCUAUUUAAUCACAGAGGACUGCUGGACUGUCCUCGCAAUAAAGAAGCAAUCGAUAUGAUUCUGAAGAGGCUGAACGUACAACCAAAGAUAUAGUUACAACUUAUAGCCCACUUUAAGUUAUUUAGCACAGCACUUGCACUUGAUUGAAUUGUAUAAGCACUUCUUUCAAUCAACUUAUGGAAACCACCAAAAUGACUAUUGGAGGGAUGCAAUGAAUUGUAUAUUGAUGUUGAAUUGAGUUUUCAACUGACACGAGUUGAAUAUAUUGUACAUUAAACAACAACUAAAAACAAUUGUAAAAGUAAUUAAACAGUUUUCCCUAUUGAAUGUGCAUUGAUUGAAACCUGAGGUCAUCUGAAAUAAAAAUCUUCAAAUGCUGAUGACGCCUUGCAAAUCCAAUAAAAACAAACAGCUUUGAUGAAA